GAAAACUCAAUUAAAAUAUAAUGGAUAAUUCUAUUAAAAAUAUCUAUUAAGAAAUACAUGUUCUUUCAAGAAAAGGAAAAUUUUCUGGAAAGGAGAUUAAUAGAGUCGAUUGCCCACUACUUACUGGCCAUCGCCUUUGUUUCUCGUUUUUACCCUUCUCCUCCUCUAUUAUACCCUCCGUUCUUUCUCGCCCGAGCCCGAAGAGACUCACCAGAUAAACACAGGUAUAGACCCAGAAAAUCCAGAUCUAAUAAUCCCGCUGCUAAACUGAGGAAAGCAAAGCUGGAGCAAUUGAAGACCAUAGGAAGGGAGCUCGCCAUGGGCUCCCAGGGCGGUUUCUACCAAUCCAAGGAGUUUCUCGAUCUCGUUAAGUCCAUCGGAGAGGCUCGAUCCAAGGCCGAGGAAGAUCGCAUAGUUCUCAACGAGAUCGAGACUCUCAAGCGCCGUAUCUCGGAGCCUGACAUCCCCAAACGCAAGAUGAAGGAGUACAUAAUCAGAUUAGUUUACGUUGAGAUGCUCGGCCACGACGCAUCGUUCGGUUACAUUCAUGCCGUUAAGAUGACUCACGAUGACAAUUUGUUGGUGAAGCGGACUGGAUACUUGGCGGUGACUCUCUUCUUGAAUGAAGAUCAUGAUUUGAUCAUUUUGAUUGUGAAUACUAUUCAGAAGGAUUUGAAGUCGGAUAAUUAUUUGGUGGUCUGCGCUGCGUUGAAUGCGGUGUGUAGGUUGAUUAAUGAGGAGACUAUUCCGGCGGUGCUGCCACAGGUGGUGGAGCUGCUGGGACAUUCCAAGGAAGCUGUCAGGAAGAAGGCAGUUAUGGCGCUUCAUCGGUUUUAUCAGAAGUCCCCAUCUUCUGUCUCGCAUCUGGUUUCCAAUUUUCGUAAGAAGCUAUGUGAUAAUGAUCCUGGAGUCAUGGGUGCAACACUUUGCCCCCUUUUUGAUCUUAUAACAAUAGAUGUUAAUUCUUAUAAAGAUUUGGUCAGCAGCUUUGUAAGCAUUCUUAAACAAGUGACAGAGCGCAGAUUGCCAAAGACUUAUGAUUACCAUCAGAUGCCAGCUCCCUUCAUUCAGAUCAAAUUGCUGAAAAUUUUGGCAUUGCUGGGAAGUGGUGAUAAGCAAGCAAGUGAAAUCAUGUACACUUUAAUUGGUGACUUAUUCAGGAAGUGUGAUUCUUCAAGUAAUAUAGGAAAUGCAGUGCUAUAUGAGUGCAUAUGCUGUGUCUCCUGUAUAAAUCCCAAUCCAAAGUUAUUAGAGGCUGCGACUAGCGUAAUAUCAAGAUUUUUGAAGAGUGACAGCCAUAACCUAAAAUAUAUGGGAAUUGAUGCUCUUGGUCGAUUGAUAAAGACAAAUCCGGAGAUUGCCGAGCAACACCAAUUGGCUGUGAUUGAUUGCCUAGAGGAUCCAGAUGACACCUUGAAAAGAAAAACUUUUGAAUUACUCUACAAAAUGACCAAGUCUUCCAAUGUGGAGGUUAUUGUUGAUCGCAUGAUUGAUUACAUGAUUAGUAUCAAUGAUAAUCAUUACAAAACUGAAAUAGCAUCUCGAUGUGUUGAAUUGGCGGAACAAUUUGCACCGAGUAAUCAGUGGUUCAUCCAGACCAUGAAUAAAGUCUUUGAGCAUGCGGGAGAUCUGGUGAAUAUUAAGGUGGCACAUAAUUUGAUGCGGUUGAUUGCCGAGGGAUUUGGGGAGGACAAUGAUACUGCAGACAGUCAACUGAGAUCAUCUGCUGUAGAGUCAUACCUGCGAAUUCUUAGUGAACCAAAGCUGCCAUCUGUUUUUCUUCAAGUCAUUUGUUGGGUCUUGGGAGAAUAUGGAACAGCUGAUGGAAAGUUCUCUGCUUCCUAUAUUACUGGGAAGUUAUGUGAUGUUGCAGAGGCAUAUUCAAAUGAUGAGACAGUCAAGGCAUAUGCGGUUACAGCACUAAUGAAAAUAUAUGCAUUUGAAAUAGCAGCUGGGAGGAAAGUGGAUUUGCUUUCCGAGUGUCAAUCCUUAAUAGAGGAAUUAUUAGCUUCACACUCAACAGAUUUGCAGCAACGUGCCUAUGAACUGCAAGCAGUCAUUGGCCUGGAUGCUCGUGCUGUUGAGUGUAUUAUGCCACCAGAUGCAAGUUGUGAAGAUAUUGAGGUUGAUAAAGGCCUAUCAUUCCUUAAUGGUUAUGUCCAAGAGUCACUAGCAAAGGGGGCUCAGCCCUAUAUUCCUGAAAGUGAACGCUCUGGUGCAUUAGAUGUCAGCAGUUAUGGAAACCAAGAACAUCAUGGAGCAUUAACACAUGGUCUUAGGUUUGAAGCGUAUGAGCUUCCAAAGCCUGUGGUGCAAUCAAGGAUUCCACCACCAUCACUUGCAUCAUCAACUGAACUUGUUCCAGUGCCUGAGCCAUUGUAUUCCAGGGAGAACCACCAGGCUGCAUCGGUGCCAUCUGUAUCAGACACAGGAUCAUCAGGGCUCAAGCUACGACUUGAUGGGGUUCAAAGAAAAUGGGGUGCACCAACUUACUCCUCUGCUUCUACUUCUACCUCUACCUCUAAUACUACAAAACAGAAAACAGCUAACGGGGUCACACAAGUUGAUGCAGUUGCCACAUCCAAUUUGAGUACUCGUGAUACUUACAAUUCAAGAAAACCGCAGGUUGAAAUUUCUCCAGAAAAGCAGAAGCUUGCUGCUUCACUUUUCGGAGGAACAUCAAAAACAGAAAAGAGGCCAUCCUCUAGUGGCCAUAAAAUUUCGAAGACAGCUUAUACAUCAAAAUCUAGCAAUGACAUUGCAUCAGAGAAGACAACUCUGGUUCAACCGCCUCCAGACUUGCUUGACUUGGGGGAACCAAUUGCUACUAGUAGUGCUCCUUCUGUAGUGGAUCCAUUUAUGCAACUGGAAGGGCUUCUUGAUCCAGCCCAAGUUGCUUCAGCUAUGAAUUACAGUGCAACUGCUGCUGCAAAAGGACCAGAUAUUAUGUCACUUUAUGCAGAGACACCCGCAGGCAUGGAGGGUAGUGGUAAUGCAAAUUCCUUACCAACUGAUGGAGAUGAUCUUUUAUCUGGCUUGUCAGAACCAACCAGAAGUGUGCCAGGAGGUACUACAGCAACACACCCAGUGCAAUUUAGUAAAGGUCCAAACCCCAAAGACUCCUUGGAAAGGGACGCCCUGGUUAGGCAGAUGGGUGUAAACCCAUCAAAUCAGAAUCCCAACUUGUUCAAAGAUUUACUUGGCUGAAGUUAAAAAGAGUUUAUGUGAUUACUUGGUGAUUGCAGCAUGGUUUUUCAUGCAGUUAGGUACUUAAUAGCCAAAUUAUUCAUCCUACAUGUUAGAGAGGCAGAUACUGUUGCUCAGUGAGCUCUGUAUCGAGUUCUGACUUUUAAGAUCUGGGUUCAGGUUUGUAGUUGUUGAACAGCAUCGUAGGAAGAACGAAAGUCUGCCUUGGCAAUCCCUUGAGCUACUUACAGGGGAGCCUUUUUCUGCUUGUUUCGGCCAUCAAAGGGUCCUUGGCAUGCUUGAAGACGAUCGUGGGUUUUGCCUUGCAUGUUCGCUUGCUUUUGGACUGUAUGAUAUCAUUGUAUGCUGUAUCAAUAAUCCUUUUUGGGGUAUUUGUUUCAUUCCUCUAUUAAAUUUCUGGCAAAUUUAGGUGCAUUCAUUUAGUUAGAGUAUCAUUGGAAUUUGGCUAUGAAAAUCAACCAGACAAUGUAUUCAGCAAUGCGACCUGCCUUGUUUGGAUUCUCUUUUCAAUGAGUUUGAAAAAUUAAACCUCGAAAGUUUUU